AUGUCUACCGCCAACGAUAACGCCUCCUCGCCGCUCCCGGGCGAUGGGGUGAGCAAGCGCAAGCAGGGCUCGGCUGCCUGCGUUCAUUGUCACCGGCGCAAGGUUCGCUGUGAUGCCCGUGUCGUCGGAUUACCCUGUACAAACUGUCGCACAUCUGGCAAGGCCGACUGUCGCAUCCAUGAGAAGAAAAAGCGCCUUGCAGUGCGGUCGAUCCUCGAUCCCGUUCCGAUCCGAUCUCGGCCUCUGCCGACUUCAGAAAGCGUCGCCAACCCGCCGACGACAGCGGGAACACCAAUGCCUCCAAGUUUCCCAACUGCUUUUUCAAACGGUCCAGGGAUUGCAUCUCUCGCGAGCAAUCAACAACAUGAGUACCAAGCGAAUUCCGGGUCUGACGCAUUCGGGCGCCAUGACUUAUCGCACGCCCACGAGGCUCACACGGAGAUGGAGCAGCAUCUCGUGAAACUAAUCGAUGAGGAAGAAUCCGGCCGACGAGAGAUUCAGCGAGGUGUACGCGCAUUCUACGUUGGUCAUGAGCACUCCAAUAUGUCGUUUUUGAUCCGCCAGCAGCGAGAUCGGGACGACAAUGUAUAUCAUUUCGCCAGUAACGAGAUCCCACGGCGACAAAUGAAGACUGGUCACGACCAACUACUGAUGGAUGCGCUCACACUUCCCGAGCCCGCACUAGCGGAUGAGCUAGUUCAGGCUUACUUCACCUACGUUAAUCCCGGUUAUCCAAUCGUCGACGAGGAUUUGUUCAUGACCCAAUAUCGGAAUCGGGACCCUGCAGAUCCCCCGCCAAUCUUGUUGCUCCAGGCCAUCCUCCUGGUUGGCACGCACGUAUCUCGUCCAAAGCCAGAGCGAGAUACACUGAAAGAGAUCUUCUUCCGCCGUACCAAGUAUCUUUUCGAUAAUCGCAUCGAGCGAAAUCGAGAUAUCCUUGUUCAAGCAGCAUUGCUCUUGACUUGGCACUCAGACAGUGCCGAUGACGAUGUUGCUGCAGAUGCUCACUUCUGGGUUGGUGUGGCCGCUCGGAUUGCCACUGGACUUGGUAUGCACCGUAAUCCAGUAUCCAGUAGUUUCGUUACCCGCGAUCGGCGAAUGUGGAGACGCGUCUGGUUUAUCAUGGUGCAAUUUGACGUGAUGGUCUCUCUAUCAUACGGUCGCCCUCAAGCUAUAAAUUUGGACGAUUCAGACGUUUCUCCCUUGACACCCGCUGAUUUCGAAAACUGUGGACCUCGCGUACAAUCAGACUUUGUGAUUCAUUUCACUGAGCUUUGCACGAUGAUUUCAUAUUUGAUCAGAGAUCGAUUUGGUCUUCGCGCCACGGAUGAACGUCGCAAGGCGGUUCUCCAAGAAGCUGAUGAGUCGCUUGCAAAUUGGUCAUUAAAGCUUCCCGACAACCUGCGCCUUCGUGCGUCAGACAUGGACCCAUGGUCGGCUAUGCUUCAUCUGACGUAUAACAAUUUCCUUAUCUUGCUGCAUCGGCCGCAUCCAAGAGCUUCGGCAUACUCAGAUGAUUACGGCCCUCACGAUGCGGAAAUUUGCAGUGCUGCUGCCGGAGUCAUUGCUUCUAUCUUCGAAGAGCUGAGACUAAACGACCGCUUGAAGUUCCUGUGGUAUACUGGCGUUCAUACUCUGUUUACAGCCAUGAUUCAGGUCCGGGUGGAGCUUCGGUUCUCCAACCCAGUCUUGGCGAUCAACGCUCUACGUCGCUUCGAUUCGGCAUCUUAUUCUCUGCGCGAGUUGGCUGCAUAUUGGGUCCACGCAGGUACAAUCCUACGUCUCUUCGAAGACUCGAAGCGACUCCAAGAGGAUCUCCGCUUGGCAACUACCGGCGGCCCCAAGCCAUAUGCUGCAGCUCAGUCCCAGGCCCCGCCCCCGCCUCCGAUCAAGGCUUUGCAAGUCACGUCUCCUGCUCCUGCAUCAACGAUGCACACCCCACGACCGAUGUCAUAUGGUGUACCUACCCCCGACUCUACACUUUCGCAACAGACUAUGUCGCCGCAAGCAAACCCAGGCUUCGAGAACUGGAUAACAGCACCGCUCAGACUCAACGUGGGCCCAUUGGAACGGAACGAUCCUUACUCAGCUGCAAUGCAGGUCGACCAGAUGGAUCAAUCUCGCGAUUAUCCAGAUUGGCGACAGCUGUUCUCUUUCACAGAUUCCGAUCUUCCCGUCCCCAUGGCGAUGGAAGGCUUGAUGGAGCUCGAGGACGAAUGGCGCCAAAUAUACUGGCAAGAUACUCCCAUGACAGACCUCAUGCAAGACGGGGGCUGGAUCCCUGGUGGCUAG